UAAGUUUUGAUGGUCAAAAACGGCGUAUAUUUGUUUAGUUAGGAAAUUUUUAUUUUCCUGGAAAAAAUUCUGAGAAAGUAUUCCUUACCUGGAGAGUUCUUUUUUCCUGAAUUUCUCGCUGGCAACCCGUUGUGAUUUACAGCUGGCUUGGACAUUAGAACAGAUUUAUUUCUCCCAAGAACCCGUCGGCUCCUCCUAAAAGGUGUAACAUUACCAUUAAAUAAUAUCUAAAAAUAACUGAGUCGGCGUUUCGUGACUGCGCAAUAAAAAUAACUAUUUAGUUACGAUUUGUCGUUGAAACAAUAUUAAAGACAAAACGAUUGCUUUAGAGUGUUUGGUCAUCAUGUUUAUUGUGAGUUUCCUGACUUCAUGUUAUUCACGGACAUUGAAUGAAAACGAUUCAAUUCAGUUAUGACAAUAUCUAACAAUUGUGCAUAAGUUCAUCACAAAAAAUAAUAGUYUAUUGGUAAGUAUUUUACAUUCAGAAUCAUAGCUAGUCGUGAAAUAAAACUCGCAGUUGAUUAAACAUAACUUCUCGAUCACAGCAUUUAGCAAGUUAAGCAGUUAAGUGACAUUUCGCUUCAAUGAACAUGGUUGAUAUUGAUCGUAAUGGAAGCUCAAUCAAMAACUGUCAAGAARCCAAAACGAAAACAAAAACAUUGAAACAACGCGUGACAAACUAUCGUCGAAGAACCUGCAAAGAGUUCCCUGCUACAAACAAUGAGUAGAGAUUUCACAGAAAUGGAGAAUAUCAAGUCCUCCAUCGAUUCUUCAGGCUUUAACGACCAAUUCUUUGGAGCUGUGCGAAAAGGCGACAUUCGCACUGUUAAAGAUUACCUCGAUCAAGAUCUGGUGGAUGUAAAUAGUGUUGACGAUGAAGGACAGACAGCUUUACAAAUWKCUGUCACAGAGGAGCACAUUGAAAUUGUCCGUCUUCUUGUCAACAACGGAGCACAAAUUGGAAACGCUCUUCUAGAUGCCAUAAACAUUGGUUCCCUAGAAACUGUAGCAGUCUUGGGGCCGCUACAUAAGGAAAGCUCCAGGCAAUACCUUCGCAGUAUUUCAAAUAUAGAAAGAUCAGUAGAAGUCGUUCUGCCCCCUCUUGUCCUGGCAGCCCAGAACAACAAUUACGAAAUAGUAAAAUUUCUCCUGGACGAAGGUCAUAAAAUUCAAUCUCCACAUCCGAARUACUGCGAAUGCGAAGCGGUCUGUGGACAACUUGGUAGACUUGGGACGUACCUUCUUCAUCUCAACACCUUCUCUGCAUUGGUCAGUCCUGAGUUCAUCUGUCUUGAGUUCCUACUACAAGAUGAUAAAGAUAAUCCAUCCAUUGAAAAGGAUCCAUUGUACAGAGCGUUUGUACUUAAAAGAGAGGUAUUGCACCGCGCUGAGACUCAGUACGAGUUUCGUGAUGACUACUUUCUUCUGGCUGAAAAGUGCGAGGACUUCGCUGUUGGUCUUCUGGACCAGUGCCGCAACCUUGAAGAAGUCUCUACCAUUAUGAGCUUACCUGGUAUCAAAGACCUAUCAGGUGCUCCAACUAGUGUGACUACAACGGAGGAGAAAAAGCCCAAUCUAAGCAUCCUGAAUUUUGCACUUAAGAAUAAAAACAAUCAGUUCAUUGCCCAUCGGUUCAGCCAAGUGAUGCUGAAUUCUGUUUUCUACACUGGGGUAAAAGGAAUGGAAGAGAACAACCACKUCCUAAGUACGUUCCUUGUUUUCCUUUAUUGGAUAGCGAUGCCAACAUUCAUGCUUAUCUACCAGCUKUCGCCCACAAAUCAAUGGUCAAGAAUGCUUGAAAUUCCCGUUGUGAAAUUCUUAAGUCACGUGGGAUCUUGGAUUUGGUUCCUGGUCAUUCUGGUCGUUGCUGCAUUUGAAACAAAAAUACCAAAAAGAACAGAACAUGAUGUUCAAGCUAUUGAGACCAUGAUAGGCAUUUGGGUUGCAGGCAUGAUGCUUGAGGAGGUGAAGCAGUUCUACCGUUUAGGGAGAAAAACCUACAUGUCACAAUGGUGGCGCGUCGUAGCAGCUUUGGUCUGCAUCUGUUUCCUUUUGACAGGGGUUCUUUGGGUCACUGACUUCGCCAUUCUGUCCAAGGAAAAAGGAACUGUCCUGAAGCUAAAUGUUACAAAUUUUAAUAAUUUUCAGGGCAAUGUUGUCCGUCAAACUAUCAGGAUGUCUGGACACACUUUUUACACCUUGGGAGUUUUGCUGACUUUUUGCCAGAUUGCGCAUAAUAUCCAGGUCAGCUACUACUUAGGACCGCUUCACAUAACUUUGAUGARCAUGGCGGGUGAUGUAGUGAAGUUCAUCUUUAUCUUUGGCUUGGCGUAYCUUGCGUUUGCUAUUGGUUUGAAGGAGCUGUACUCUUGGUACGACAGCACUGCUAAAGCUGAAGCUGGAAAUGGCGUCUUUGUCUUUGAACCGCACGAGUUUGUCAGAAAUUAUUUUCAAUACAUACCAAGCACGAAGAAUGUUCACAUGCAUGAAUCCGAAUCUGUUUGGCGAAUUCAAUGUAUACUACAGGAAUUUCCUUUGAACAGUUUCACGAGAGGUUUAUCCACAUUCCGACACAAGAGCAACAGAUCUAAACAGUGCUGUCUUCUUGGAAGUUUCCGAUAUCUUUUCUGGAUACUCUUUCAAGAUGUSGACACCAGCGUGUUUAAGACGGACCGCCGAUACGAUAAGUUUACUAUUAUACARAGCACAGGCGAAGUCAUGAUGGCUCUAUACUGUGUGGUCGCGGUUCUUGUUGCUCUCAACCUCCUCAUUGCUAUGCUCACCAAUACGUUCAACAAAGUUGGGGGCGAUCAAUACACAAGAUUUAAAGUGAACAGAACUCGGAUUCUCAUGCARUACGUGAAUCAUGGAAGCGUCACCCCAUCGCCCAUGAAUUUAAUUCCRUUCAGAUACCUACUGAGCUGUAUAUACAACAAGUGUAAAAACUGUGUUGGGGUUAAACCUGUUUACACCCCACAGCUUCGCAUGAGAAAUAAAGUGAUGAGAGCGAUUCUUCACAGGUAUCUUGCACACCGCAAGAAACAGAAGCAAAAACCAGAACCAUCUACACCUACAAAUGGAUCACAGUUUAGUGCGUUUUGAGCUCAUCAAAUCAAACAAUACUCACACUGCUUUGUUAAACAACUGAAGAAAGAUGCAAAAGUAUUUUUGCUUUUACCAGAGAAUGUAACCAAUUUCAGUGCUUGUUUUAUAUAUAUGCUUUAUAUACAGCCGUUUGCAAUAAUUCUGACCCCCCUACACUAAUAUUCAUAU